AUUUCCUGGCGUGCCAUUGCCCUAAAUCUUGGCAACGUAUGGUCAACACAACAACACAAGCUUAAAACAAGAACAUGCCAAUUUCCACAAUGGGCAGGCGGCACUUGAUCAAACAAAGCACAUCCGAGUAACGGCUACUUUUAUUUCUUUUCUUCACAGUGAUUAUAUCAAUUUCAGCUGGAACAAAUAUUAUUUAGAGAAAAGUAACAAUAAACCUGCUUGGUCUCUAAAAACGAAGCCAGCCCCUGAUGUGAUGGCGAAGAAACCCCGUUGACAAGGCACUGCUUUUUCAUGACGGCAAAAACGUCUCAUUUUGUAAGCCAACCUUCUGGUCGUGUUGCAAGUUAUUCUUACUAACAAUGGACUGGUUUGAAUUACUGGAACAUGGAGCCACCUAUAGAUGGAAAUAACAGAAGUUUUGUUAAAACUUGGAACUUAAGCUAACAUGGAUGAUGAUUCCGGUCUUCUAGAUUUUAUUGGUGACACCCAAGAACUGAAUUUCUUUUGGCAUGGAUCUGGAAGUAAAACCGCUGAUGAUGAACUAACAAGUACAUCUCUUUCUGCUCCUAACACUAAUUCCAUAUUCAGCAGUGCUUGUCAUGCUGAUCACAAAUCAUCAGUCAAAGGUGUACAUAAUGAAGGCCAUAAUGAUGGAUUACAUCCUUUAAGUAGUCUUCAUUUUCUUGACGAUGAACUUGAAAAUUCCCCUAUUCAUGAUAUCAAUGAAGAGCAACCCUUUGAUAUUCUUCAAAAAUCACUGCAAGAGGCCAAUAUCACAGAACAGACAUUGGCAGAAGAGGCUUAUUUGGAUGCCAGUGUAGUCUCUAGCCAACAUUUUGCAACUGCUUCAGUUCACUCGCAUUCAUCCUCGUCCUUUACUCAGGCUACAAGUAUCCCUAAUUACUCAGGUCAAACAGUGCAUUCAGUAGGAGUGGCACAUGUGCCUCUUGUGCAGCAGCAAGUAGGCACAUCAUUUGUAAGCAAUACAGUAGGUGUUCAGCACGGUUUUAUGCAACAUGUAGGAAUUAUUCCUAGCCAACAUAUGCCCAGUAAUAACCAAAAUUCUUCUGGGCAGAUUCAUUUAAUCAGUUCUAUUAAUAAUCAGCCUCCAGUGAUGGCUAUUAAUAACAUAGAUGGAUCACAAAUAAUACUCAAAAGUGGACAACAAAUGCCCGCAAAUUCUAGUGGGGGAUCAUUUGUUAGACAGAAUGGAAAUGCAAUGUUUGGAAGCCCAGAUUCCAGCCCAGUAGGGCAUCCCGUCACAGUUCCAUCUUGUGGAAGUAACUUUCAAACGUCUUUACCUGUUCACAACAUUAUUAUACACAGAGGCUCUGUCCCUAAUGCUAAUAAAAUGCCUAUAAGCAUUCAGCCCAAGCCUAUUCAAGCCGGACAGAUACCAUAUAAUGUGAAUAAUUUAGGUAUGCAACAACACCAUGUGCAUCAAGGGGUUCCCUUUACUUCUGAAAACUCCCCACAAAGCUCAGCAGUUAGCCAGCAACUGCCUGUUCAUCAGCAUGGCCCUCAUAAACCAAUAGGUCAACAACCUGGAAGCAGCAUUGUCAUCCAUUCUCCAAUGGGGCAAGCACAUGGGCAUACCAAUCAGUUUGUUAUACCUGCAGGUCUUUCUGUAAAUUCGAAUCCAGUUCAACACAUUCAGUCCAUAAAUACACAACUUGUACAGACCCAGACAUCCCAUAUUAGUCCUCAUCAAGUAUCUGCAGACCAUGUAAUGCUUAGUAGAAACAUAGCUAAUAUGGUUAGGUCGAGUCAGCCAUAUUCUGGACAAAUGCUAAACAGUCCAGGUACAGCUGUGCAGCUUAUUUCUGGCCAGACAUUUGCUGGACCCAGUGGACAAUUUAUUGUAAACCAUGGAACGUCUCAUAUUGUUGGAGGACAGAUGCCACAAGGGUCACCUUCAGUUUUACAUUUGUCACCGAGUCCGGGUAAUAAUACUCAAAACAGGUCUACUUUUGCAUCUUUGCCGCAAAGCAACCCCAGCAUGUCUUCUUCAAGUCAUUUCACGGUGUUAGGUUCCGGAACAGUUCUUCAAAGCAUGGGACCAUCAUUUCACACUUCUACAGGAGGUGAACAUUGUACUGGUGAUCAGCAACAAAGCAGAUGCCAUUCAGGAUUAAGUGAGCCUCAUGUCCAACUCUCAACUGGCCAGCCUGCGAACAUUUUAAGCUCCACAUCUGGUUCUCAACAUACAUUUUCCUGUGGACAGGCCCAGAAAGAAGUCAUGGACCACGUGUCUCCUGUUUCAUCACUGAAUACCCAGGAAAACAGUAGACACCAGCUGUGCACCACUUCACUAGCAGGGCACAACUCUGGAAACAAACAGUUGCAUUACACUGUAUCUCUGGCACAACCACAAGAAAAUAUCGCUGAGACACAACUGCGGCCCGUGGAGGGUGGUGGACAUUCAGGAAGAAUGAAAAUGUCUGGUCCUAGGCAGCUUAGAAAAGCAUCUUUAAUUCUUCAGCGGUUACACAAGGAUCAAGAACAUGCUGUUUUUAUAGAUAAAAGCCCAUUUGGGUCUCUGAAUAAUGCUGCUGAAAGACUUAUUCCAUACCAUGUGUUCCAGGGAUCAUUUCCAACAGAUGAAGAUUUGAAAAAAGUGGACAAUGAAUUUGAGUCAGCCUCAAUACACCUUUUAAAGAAGACACAAUCAAUGCUAAACAAGUAUCGCUUGUUGCUGUUGGAAGAUGCAAUGAGGAUAAAUCCAUCAGCAGAGGUUGUGAUGUUGGACAGAAUAUUUAAUCAGGAGGAAAGAGCUACCCUAACAUCUGAAAAAAGAUUUGCACUUGUUGAUCCAGAUGGCUACUUGGCAGAAUUUUGUUGCGCAUCCAAAUAUCAAGAAGAAUCUGUGGAUGAAAAGCUACAUUCUGAUCUUGAUUCAAACAAAACUACAGUAGAUCAAUGUCAAAAGUUUAGAGAUAAAAAAGACCAAACAGAUUUAACUGAUUCCAGCAGAAAUGACACCAUUUGCCUUGUGUCUCACAAUAUAACAUCACAGAUGCCCAAUGCACCUUCAAUUAAAAAAGAUGAGGUGUGUAAAGAUGGGAAGUUAAAAAAAAUAGGUGAUUGUCCAAGGAAACAUCAACUCAACAUAUGUAGAGAGAAGGCCUUGCCUGGUGAUGGAUGCAGCCAAAGUCCUUCAGGACUUUGUAAAGUGUCUGAGGAAACAGACAAUUCUAAAGGUCCUAAAAGACCUAAGCUUCUCUUUGAAGGCACCAUGGAAGCAGCAGAAGUGAAGUGUCCCCAAGUCACAAAUCCAGGACCAUCUGCAAAAAAUGAUAAAUUAUUUUCGAGCAUUUUAGGUCGAUCUGAUGUGAAUCCAAAUGUGAAAAGCUUAACGCACAGUUCAAAAACAAACACAUUGGACCAGAAAUUAAGUGAAAAGCACUUAGAGAACAAGCAUGGUGGAAGCAGUUCAAAACAAACAAAGUUUUGGAAAAGUUCACCAGCUGCAUCCAAUGAACACUUUGGGAACAAAAGAUUUUCAGAUACCCAAGGGAGUGUAUCAGAAACAGAUUCGGUUUUAGAAGCAGCUGUAAAUAGCAUCUUAGAGUGUUGAGAGCAAAUUUUUCAUCUUCUGAAGGAGAACUUGCAUUCAAUGCGCCUGAAGAGCAAUAGUUACCGCGACCAUAAAAAGGCCCAAGAAAGUUGGGCUCUUGCUAAAAGCAUAAUUGUAGUGCUCACCUGCUCUGCUUCAAUUGUUUUGAGCAUUCCUGCCACAGACAGGAUCAGGAUGGAAACGGAACUACAAAUCUAUUUUUUAUUUUAGUUAUACAUUAUUUGAAAAAAUUAUUUUUAUUUUAUUAUUUUCUUCUUAAAAGCAACAAAUACAAGCACUUUUCAUUUGAAAUGUUUUUGGUUUUUUCCUUCAUGGAUAUUAAGAAAGUAGCCUCUGUUGUCGAGGUCACUGCAUUGUCUUGGGUUUGGAAGCCAGCAAAUACCAUAGAGUAGACAAGUUCUUUUCUAUAGCAUUCCUCAGAAUAGUAUAGUAGUAACCUGGUCCAUUUAACAUGAGCUGUACACUGUACUAGGUAAUUUGCACAAACUAAAGGUAAUGCACCUUUUAUUGAAAUAUUUGAACAUUGUACUUUUGAUGGAAAAUUCAUUUUUUGUUUCUAAUACCUUUGUCAGCAGUUCAGAACAGAACCAGAACCUCUCUGUUGAUGUGUAUCAAUGAAUGUAAUUUCAUUUUGUUAUCAUUACUGGUUGGAUGGUUAGGAUUUAUUUUCCUAACCAUGUUUGCUACAAGGCUCAGUAGCAAACAUAAAAGGCAAUUUAUUUUCAAUAACCACAACAUUUAAGUCACCAACUUUUCACUGUGGUAUUAUUGUCUGGGGUCAAUUGGAUAGUUACUAAACUGCUCCUAACCAAAUGUAUUUAAGGAAAUAUGAUGGCCAGCAAUCCAAAAACCCAGAGAUAAAAUUAUGCUGCUGUUACUUACAAAACAUUAAAGGAAAGCUAUACCCCCAAAAUGAAUACUUGAGAAACAGAUUUAUAUCAA